AUGCAGGCGGUCCAGGGAUAUCUGGCGGCGUCCACGCUCCGCACGCUGCACAACAGCAUGUUCUCGGCGACGUAUCCGGUCUUCGUGCAGCGCACCGCAAAACAGUUCCUGCGGGCGCCGGAGUUCCUGUCUCUCAGCGGCGAACAGGUGCACGUCACCGACACCGAGCACCUGUUCUACAUCGUGCCGUCCAUGGACAAGGAUCGGACGCUGGUCCGGAUCAUCGAAAUCGAGAACCCGGCGUCGGCCAUCAUAUUCUGCAACACGAAGACCGCCGUGCACUACGUCACCGUCGUGCUGCAGCGGUUCGGCUACGAUGCGGACGAGCUGAGCGCGGACCGUUCACAGUCAGACCGCGAGCAGAUCCUGAAGCGCGUGCGCGAAGGCACGCUGCGGUUUCUGGUGGCGACCGACGUCGCGGCGCGCGGCCUCGACAUUCCGGAGCUGUCGCACGUCAUUCAGUACGAGCCGCCGGAGGACCCGGAGGGAUACAUUCAUCGGGCCGGCCGGACCGGCAGGGCGGGCCGGCCCGGCACGGCGCUCUCGCUGGUGAGCGAGGCGGAGACGCUCACGCUCGACGCCAUCGCCAAACGCUACUCCAUCGAGUUCCAGCAGCGCCGCGCACCGGCCGAUACGGACGUGCAGGCGAUCGUCGCCGAGCGGGUCACCACGUUGCUCGAAGCCAGGUUGCGCGAGCGCGACCGGCUCCAGACCGAGCGCAGCCAGCGGUUCGUUCCGCUGGCGCGCACCCUGGCCGGGAACGAGGACGAAUCGGCGUUGAUCGCCAUGCUGGUCGACGACUACUACCAGGAAACGCUGCACGCGCCGCCAGCGAUGGUCCGCGAGGCCGCGCCGGCGGGCGAGCUGCAGGGCGGCCCGCCGCCCGCUCGCCGCCCGCAACGCCGCCGGCCUCCGUCGCGGCGCCCGUGGCGCUCCGAGCGCUGA